AUGACACGGCCCGGCGAAGACGACAGGGAAGCAUUACUCGGAGCAGACCUUGGCCACGAGCGCUACCAGCGCAGCCGCGUUCCAGCCUGGCGGCCGGUCCGCUUCCGAUACUUUAAUGGACGGUGGACACUCAUCAUCGUCGCACUGGCAGUUCUGGGCUUCAUUGGCCAUCUGGCCUCUGAUCCAGACAACCGGGCGCGCAUUUCUCGUGUCGGUUUCACGCCGUCAUGGAACGGCCCGACGGAGGAGGACCUGGACGCGGCUGCGCGCGCGCGACAGCUCAUGAAGGACAUGAAGGAGCGGUAUCCCGAGGAGGACGGAUACCAGCUGCCACGCCGGGACAAUUACGUUGCACUGGAACGUCUCGCGACAUGCCUUGAAGCAGGAACGUGCACGGACAGCGAGCGCAAGGUUAUUCUGCUCGCGACCUUCCACUUUGGAAACUCGGAGCUAGGUUGGAACGGUGGGGAGCAGGUGUGGGCACGCGCGACAAUCACAGCGUUCCGUGAGCUCAACCAUACCUUGCUCUUCUCGUGGCGACAUAUGGACACGCUGCUCAAUUACCAGGCGCUUCCCGAGCUGGUGACACACGUCCUGUGGGAACGGAGCGAGUUUGCAAUCUGCCAACGCCGCAACGACACAAACUACCGGGAGAUGGACAAGGCCGACUAUCUGACCAAGCCAUGGCACGACUGGCAGACGGGUCCCAAGCGCUGCAUGCAGGCAGACGACUAUCCCCAAGGUAUCCCGUAUUGGAAGAGCUUCCAGUUCUGGUUCUUUGUCGAGACGGAUCACCCUCUCGGUGGCCACUGGAUCCUCGCUCCUGAGAAUUACGACAUGUGGUACAGGAACGUCAACCACACGUACAUCGGAUACUCGAUUGAGCACCGCUGCGAGCAAUUCCCCAAGUUUGAGCAUCGCGAGCACCGUGGCCUUGUCCUCGCCAAGACGCUUAGCUACUUUGAGGAGAAAACCAAUGGCUUUUUCAACAUUCUUCGCAAGGCGCGUGAGGGCGUCCGACCUCAUUCGGAAGGAGGAAACGACGUCAACUUUGAUCUCGUCACGACAGCAGGCGCAAAGGGCGACCACAUCGAGGUCCUUGGUAUCGACUCUCUCGGGCGCAUGAACCAGACAGAGUGGACCGAGGUCCUCGCCCGCAGCAAGUUGCUCCUAGGUAUUGGACGCCCAAUCGUGUCCCCAUCGCCAUAUUACGCGCUAUGCAUGGGGGUCCCGUUCAUCCAACCGGUCUCAAACUGGGACAAGAACUACCCCGAGGACCGCACCAAGUGGCAGACGCAGCAGAUGGGCAUACGCAUGAUUGAGGAGCCGUAUGUCUACCAUGUCAAGGUUGGAGACGAGGAUGGCUUGCGCGCUGCGAUGCAGCGUGCCAUCGACAACCCGAUUAAGCCCUACAUUCCGCCACCCAUGACGUGGGAUGCUUUCAUGGGGCGUGUGCAAAAGCUCCUCAACCACGACUGGCACGCUGAGGCCAAAGAUUACGUCCGGUGGAAGUAUCACAAUGCCCCCGAGUGGCAGUACCUCGCAAUGGACCCGCCAGACAAGGUACAAGGGUGA